CCGGACUUUUCAGAUUGCUCCUUUCCUCUCUACAUCCAAACGAAACUUCUUUUAACCAGCCAACUUCCAAAACACAGCCAUGCAUUCUAAAACUCAAUCCUGCGCUGUCCCAUGCUCCACUCCUUCAAUUGGUCUUGGACAUUGUGGAUACGGUGGUGGAUAUGGCGGUGGAUACGGCGGUGGAUAUGGCAUCGGAGGUGGCAUCAUCGGAGGUGGCAGCAUUGGAGGUGGCAUCAUUGGAGGUGGUAGCAUCGGUGGUGCUGUAUCAUCCAGCAGCCUUGGCAUAGUCCCCGGGGCCAAUGUUUCCUGCGUCAGCCAAAUUCCAUCAUCAGAAGUGGUGAUCCGGCCACCUCCAGUUGUGUUGACCAUCCCAGGAGCCAUCCUCACUUCAAGUGGGCAAACGGCUGUGGGAGGUUACAGUCCAUGUGCUUCUGGUUAUGGCUACGGGUCCUCUGGUUAUGGCUACGGGUCUUCUGGUUAUGGCUACGGGUCUUCUGGUUAUGGCUAUGGUUGUGGGGUGGGUUCCUCUUCUGGAGGUUACCUUGGCGGUGGCUACAGAGGUGGCCAGUCAUCAAAGGGUUACCCCUGCUAAGCCAUUGUGAGAAGACCAGGACUAUCCAGAAAUCGCCAACCCACCAGUAUGGACUCUGCAGCCAAGUUUAUGGGUCUGGGCUUCAAACAAUGUUGAGCUCCAUACUUAUGAAUGGUUCUCCAUAUAUGUGAAAGAUCAAAGCCCUGUUAUGUAUCCUUUUCUCACAACUAUUUACUUUCCAUAAGUGUAUAUUCCCUUUCCCAAAAUGCUCUCCAGCUGCAUAAGGACCAGAGGUGUCCUUCCCACAUCUAUACAUCUCACUUCUGAGAGAUUAUUCUCUUGUUACAUAGCUUUGUUGUAUGUUUUCUUGAUACUCUUCAUGUUCUAAUAAAACUUCCUUUGCAUC